CCGGUUAUUGUUUGUAAAUUUGACAGUUUUAUUAAUUUUGAUGCAUUUUGGUGUCAUUUCUCUAUGUCAUGCUUCGGUCUCACGCACAUCUUUUGAAGAAAACAUGCUUACACCAACGGAUGUGUUACAACUUUCAAAACAAUUCUGUAUUGUGACAUUAGCUCGCACACAAGCAGAAUCAGGGUCCCCAGAACUACAGGAACUUGAGCCAGAGCAGGAGUUUCUGUUUCAAAUGUUUAUUGAGCUGGGUCAAGCCUAUCAAACAGAUAGCAAUGUUGUCCUGGGGUUUAUUUCUUUGGAAACAUUUGUUUGGCCAUCAGGAAAUCAUUUGAGAUUUGUAGAUUCUGAUGUGCAGACAACUGACUUACAGGAUGUAAACCUCGUCAUCUUUCCUAGACAGGUGCAGGACAGAACUUGCCUUUCUAACACAGGCAUGAACACCAAAGAACCAAAGGCAGAACUGUAUAGAGGUUUAUCAAAUGUAAAUGUCAUUGUUGAAUAUGUCAACACAAAAUGUGGCUCCUAUCAAAAAGCCAAUGGAGGAAUAACCAUAGAAGGCUUGCAUCGCAAAGAAAUCCUCAGCACACUUUAUUAUGUUGGACAUCAUGAUGAAGAAGCUUUAGAUAUGAAGACAUUACAUUCCAAAAAUGUUAAAACAAGCCAUAAUCAAAACUGUGAUAAAGAAACAUGUUCAAUUGAACAUUCUAAAGGCAACUUGUUUUCAAAAGGUUUUAGCCGUUACACGAAUCAAAAUGAUAUUUUUAAAAAUUUUGAUCUAGGAAUGGCAAAAUGUGACAGAAUCAACAUGCCAACAAAGGAAGAGUUCUUUCAUAGCUAUCUCAAAUCAUCAAAACCCGUUGUCAUCAAAAAUGCCCUUCAUGAAUGGCCAGCAAUGAAGAAAUGGACCAAUGAAUACUUCAUGAAAAACUAUGGCAACCAAAAGGUACAUAUAAAAUUGACACCAUUGGGUGAGUUUGAAGGGGUUGAUUUAGCUUCAAACUUUGAAAAUUAUGGUCACUUUGAAAUCCCUCAAUAUAUUACAGACCAACUUCUCUUCCCAGACUUAGUUGUGGUACGACCAGCUACAAGGAAUAUGAAAUUUUCUGAAUUUCUGGAACUGGUAUCAACAGUUGCAAAUGGGACAAAAAAGAAUUGUUCAGCGUAUCUCGAAUAUUCAUCUAUAUCAGACAUAAAAGCGGAUUUGGAGAAUGACAUUGUAGAGUUGCCUCUCCUUAAAGACAUGCUGGCAUUGAAGCAUCUCAAUAUUUGGCUAAGUGAUGGUGACACACUGGGAAAACUUCAUUUUGAUCCAUUCGACAACUUUUUAUGUCAGAUAAGUGGCAGAAAACAAGUUAUCUUAUUUGAGCCGCAUGACAAUAGAAGACUUUAUGAAGCUCACAUUCCUGAAGCAGUCCUUGGUUAUGAUUCAGACACAAACACAUUCAGGAAAGAGGCCUUAGUUGACAGCACAUCUAUGGUCAUGUCACCAGUAGACAUCACAAACCCUGACUUUGAGCGGUUUCCACUUUUUGAGACUGUGCGACCUUUGAACUGCACGAUAGAUGAAGGAGACGUCCUGUUUAUGCCUGCCUUUUGGUGGCAUGAGGUCCAAUCCUUCCCCAGCCAACAACAGAGACGCAACCUGGCUGUCAACUUUUGGUACGAUCCAUUUCUUGUAAAAGAGUUCCCAUGCCAGGAAUGCCAGUUGGACAUUAACUCAAAAUACAGACAUCUGUUAUAAAUUUGCUCAAUACAUGGACUGUGCAUUUUACUUUUUUUAUUGACUGUUUUAACCUUUAGUUUAUUGUUCUUUUGAAUGGUCUGUACCGAUUCUCUUGGAAUCCUGUAAUGACAUAAAGUGUUAAAAUUUGCAUUUUGUAACAUUUUAUGUGUUAUAAAACAUAUUGUUUAUAGUCUUUUCAGUAAAAUGUAAUUUGUAACUGUAACUCAUUCACAAACAUUCCAGAUACAUGUACAUGUCUGAAUAUAAAAGACAGAUGAUCUAAAGUAAUGUGACCUUUUUCUAAUAAAAUCUACAUGUUAAAAGCUA